AUGGCUGCACGUCUGUCGCAAAUCUCUGGCCAUAUCAGCAACAACUAUGGGCGAGGCUUAUUGAAUGGUGAAGUCGCCAUCAUCACUGGUGCUGCUCAGGGCAUUGGACGCAGUGCAGCACUUCUUUUCGCAAAAGAAGGCGCGAAAGUGGUCGUCAGCGACCUUGACGAGAAGAAAGCGCAGGCUGUUGUUGACGAAAUCAAGGCGGCAGGUGGCGAUGCCAUCGCUGUCGGGGGAGACGUCGGUGCAGAGGACUUCCCCAAGAACAUUCUUGAGGCAACGAUCAAGGCAUAUGGAAAACUCAACCACAUUGUUAACAAUGCUGGCUUUACGUACGAUCGAAUGCUUCACACAAUGCCAGACGACGCCUGGGACAUCAUCAUGAAAAUUCACGUUCGCGCGCCUUUCCGCCUAAUUCGCGCCGCAGCGCCUUACAUGCGCAUCAAGGGUGAAGGACGCGAGAACAGAAGUAUCACCAACGUGUCCUCUGUAUCUGGUCUUCACGGGAACGUCGGCCAAGCCAACUACGCGGCGGCGAAGUCUGCCGUCGUAGGUCUGUCCAAGACGAUCGCAAAAGAAUGGGGCGCCUUCGGGGUCCGCGCAAAUACUAUCGCAUUUGGCUACGUUCUCACUCGACUGACGGCGGCCAAAGAAGCAGGCGUGACUAUUGAAAUCGAGGGGAAAAAGGUCGCACUCGGUGUCCCCGGUGCUAAACCCCCGUCAGACUCCGAUGCAAAGUCUUUUCCCCACAUUCCACUUGCCCGACCUGGAACUGCCGAUGAAGCUGCUGCUGCCAUGUUGUUCCUCGCAUCGCCCUUGGCAUCCUAUGUGACAGGGCACACGCUCGAAGUGACUGGUGGGACCGGCAUCUAAGUGUCUAGGCACCUGUAUUUACAGCCCAUGUGAAUCCAAGCUUUUCUGUAACUAU